UCGGCAGCCUUUGCCGUCGCGACACCACCACCUUUACCGCCAAACUCACGCAUAGACACAAACACGAAGAAAUUGGGCCAAGAAGCAGAGCCACAGCGAAGCUAUCUCUCACUCAGUGUCUGCGGGUCUCGGAUGUGGAAUUGAGCUGAAAUUGCUCAAGGGUUCUGCUACAAACCAAGAAUUUUGCUUUAUCAUCAUUCUCUUGUAGCUUGUUAAAUUAUCAUCGUCUGUUGCGUGAUGGAUCCUAAGCACUCUGGAGAUAUGCUCAAGCAUUUGGAGAAGCAGAACGAGCUUCUAAUGGAUGCAUAUAGGUCCAUGUCUCAUGAACUGCACAAACUUCAGGUAGAGGAGGAACUGCUUAUGCGCAAGUAUUAUGAGUUUAUGGAAGCUCAAGGUUUGAUCGACAAGAACAAAAGUAGCACCAACCUAACAGAGGACCAGGAAACUGGUCAAGCUGGAGCAUUAGUUGUGACCAGGGAAGAACAUGCAUGAACAAGUUGUGACUGCUACGUCCCAGUACCGUACAGAUCAUGGAUAGAUUCUUGCACAUCAGUUGUACUGAUCAAUUUUUGUAGAAGUUACACUGGUCAAUCUUUUCCCGGAAACUUGGAGAGAUUUUUUUAACGGAUCAAACAAGAUUGGUUUUUGUUGAACAAAACAAAACCUCAACUUGCUUUAAUCUUCCGAUUGUUAUUUUGUUAAUACGUUU